UCCAUACGUACACUUGUGUGUCUGUUACGUUUUAGUAUUCAGUAUUAAACUUUCCUGAACGUGAAACAACCACACACAGAGGCCGAUUUUAGUACCAAUCAUUGGUAAUAAUUGACAACAAUCUAGUCUUCUCCUUGGACACAGAAAUAUAGAAACAACCCUUGGCUGUGGUGCGCUUUCGUUCGAAGAUUUUUUUUUUUUCUGGCAGUACGGUAAAGGAAAUAAAACAACUCUUUGCAAAAGGUUAUCACGGUUGCAGACAUGAAGAGCGCGUAGACUACGAUGACAAGUACUGAACAAACACAAGUUAGCUGCUGCUGAUGAGGGCUGAAAGCUCUGUGAAGUACACUUUUGCUGAGACCAUGAUUCCUUUAUGAUAGACGAAUUCCAUUCUGGGUUAUUGAAGAACAGAGAACUUCAGCAAAGAUGUCAAAGAGAAGCCGCGGGAAGGGGGAAAAGCCUGAGGCCCUGAUAGACGCCCUACAGUCUGCCAACGAGGAACUUGGGACUAAGCUGACAGAGAUUCAAAUUGAGCUCCAGCAAGAGAAAGGCAAGGUAGCCAAGCUGAGGGAGAAGAUGCAGGAGGCCAAGCAAAGCAGGGAGCUGGAGCAGCACAAGCACACGGUCCUGGUGACGGAAUUAAAGGCCAAACUCCACGAGGAGAAGAUGAAGGACCUGCAGGCAGUGCGGGAGGUCCUGAUCAAGCAGCACGAACAGGAGCUGACCCGCGUCAUCAAGAUCCGGGACAGCGAGCUCCAACGCAUGCAGUCCCUGGUCAACGUGCUGCGGGACGGGGCGGCCGACAAGGUGAAGAUGGCCCUGCUGAGUGAGGCCCGGGAGGAAGCCCGCCGCGCCUUCGACAGCGAUCGCACCAAACUGCAGCAGGAGAACUUGGAACUGAGGUCGGCCAAGAAGCAGGUGGAGGAGACUUUGAAUAACAUCAUGCAGGCUGAUAAAGCCAAAGCUGCAGACCUGAGGUCGGCCCACCAGUCGCAUCAGGAGGAGACGAGCCGGAUAAAGCGGGAUUGUGAGAAGGACAUCCGUCGGCUGAUGGAUGAGAUCAAAAGCAAGGAAAGGAUGAUUCUGGCCCUGGAGAAGGAGCUUGGUGUCCAGGCCGGCUACUCUCAGAAGCUGCUUCUGCAGAAGGAGGCUCUGGAUGAGCAGCUGUUGCAGGUGAAGGAGGCUGAGCGACGUCAUGGCAGCCCCAAGCGAGAGCUUCCUCCGUUGCUGGGAGACUCCGCAGACUUUAUACUGAGCCAGGAACAGCAGCUGGAUGACAGAGAUCUGCGGAGGUUUCAGUUGAAAAUCGCAGAGCUGAAUGCAGUGAUUCGUAAACUGGAGGACAGGAAUACACUGCUGGCUGAUGAAAGGAACGAGCUGCUGAAGCGGGUUCGAGAGACGGAGAGUCAGAUGAAGCCGCUGUUUGAAAAGAGCAGGAGGCUGUCCAAGAAGAAUGAAGACCUUCUGCAGUCUCUACAGCGCAUGGAGGAGAAGUUAAAGAAUCUGUCACGGGAGCAUGCCCAAAUGAAAGAAAAAUGUCACACGCAGACUCAGACUGCUCUGAGGAGACCGAGCUCUCUCAACGAUCUGAACCAGACCCACGAGGAGCAGGAAGUGGAAUUUCUCAAGCUGCAGGUCAUAGAGCAGCAGAAUGUGAUAGACGACUUAUCCAUGGAACGAGACCGACUAAUGAGAUGCAAGAAAACCAAAAGGAAAAACAUCAAGGUACCAAUGAGGCAUGUUGUGGAGACAUAUUUUGGAUUUGAUGAAGAGUCAGUGGAUUCCGAGACCUCCUCCUUGACUUCCUACAACACAGACAGGACCCCGGCUACUCCAGAAGAAGACUUGGAUGAAGGUAUAUCGCGAGAAGAAUCCGAGCUGCGGUUUAGACAGCUGACGAGGGAGUACCAGGCACUGCAGAGGGCCUACGCUCUGCUUCAGAAGCAAGUUGGGGGGACGCUGGACGCUGAGAGGGAAGUUAGGACCCGUGAGCAGCUGCAGGCGGAUCUAGUAAGAUAUCAGGGGAAAAUAGAAGACCUUGAGAGAUCCCUGGUAGAAAGGGGGCAGGACUCCAAAUGGGUGGAGGAAAAACAACGCCUCAUCAAAACAAACCAGGAGCUCUUAGAGAAGAUCUCAAAACUAGAGGGGGAUGAGGGCAUUCUGAGGGCCGAGAUGCAGGAUUCAAAGGACCAGAAUGAACUGUUAGAGUUCCGAGUACUUGAGCUUGAAGUAAGAGAUUCCAUCUCUAAACUGUCCACUGGAGGGGAGAUUCUAUUUGAACCAAAAAGGAAAACUUAUGUUCACAAAGACAGUUAUUUUUAGCUUGAAGGGCACCACUCACGUUUGUGAAACACAUAAUUAUUAUUA